AUGGAUUCAAAGACCUUGAAGGAGGAACAAAGAGAGGAGCUAUUUGAAAGUUUAAAGGUCAAUAGCUCUAUUGGGUGGGAAGUGGAUGUCAUAUGCCCAAAGGAUCUAUCUGCUAAAAUGUUAAAAAAGUCAAAAGUUAAUCUGAAUGAAAUAUCACAUAACUCUGCCAUGGGCCUUGUUAGGAAAGUGAUUGACAUGGGAGUUCUACUGGCAGAAGUAUAUAUAGAUACAGUGGGAGAUCCUGAAAAGUAUAGGAUCAAGCUGACAGAAAAGUUUCCAGGAAUCAAAUUUGUGGUCGCCAAAAAGGCUGAUAGCCUUUACCCUGUUGUUAGUGGAGCAAGUAUAGUUGCAAAGGUCACUAGGGACAGAGCCUUGCGAAACUGGGUGUUUGAUGAAACAGCUCUGAAUAUGCACAUGAAGACCGGAUCAGGAUAUCCAGGAGACCCUGAUACUAAGCAAUGGUUAGAAGAUCACAAGCAUCCGGUGUUUGGCUUCCCAACUUUAGUUCGUUUUAGCUGGGGAACUUGCACGCCCUUCUUCAAGGAUGCAGUUGAGGUUACAUGGGAGUCUGAUGAAGUUGACGAAGAUGGGACUGGCAAUGGAAGCACCAAGCGACAGGUCAAGCUCUCAAGCCUAGGCUUUACUGGCUUCAAAAGGAAGACUGAGGAUAUCGAAUCAAGCGGAAAAGGCCGCUGCAAAUUCUUCCAGGCUCGCAAACUUGAGCUGGUCAGGAAGUUCCAGUGA